AUGGCCUUGGCCGAGCAGGCAAAGCGCGUCGCGGACGAGUUCAACUUCGGCUCCGAUGCCGUCAACAAGGCCGUCCACGAGUUCAUACGGGAGAUGGACGAGGGGUUGCUGCACGAAGGCACAGAGUUGAGCCAGAUCCCCACUUACGUCACUGCCGUCCCCAACGGCACCGAGCAGGGCCUCUACAUGGCUGUUGACCUCGGGGGCACCAAUUUUCGUGUGUGCUCCAUCCAAUUGCACGGCAACACCACCUUCUCGCUCACCCAGAGCAAGGUCGCCAUACCAAAGGAGCUUAUGGUCGCCAAGACCUCCAAGGAGCUCUUUUCUUUCCUGGCCAAGCAGAUUGAGAAUUUCCUCAAGACUCACCAUGAGGAGCACUACACUGGCCAUAUCAGGCGCAGAGACACUGGCGGCGCUGUCAAGGAGGAGGAGAUCUUCAACCUGGGCUUCACCUUCUCGUUCCCUGUGAACCAAAUUGGCAUCAACAAGGGCCUCCUCAUGCGCUGGACAAAGGGUUUUGAUAUUGCUGACGCUGUAGGCAAAGACGUAUGCGCCCUGCUCCAGUCCGAGAUCGACGCACUAGGCCUUCCCGUCCGUGUCGCCGCUCUCGUGAACGAUACCGUCGGAACGCUCAUGGCUCGCUCCUACACCUCUCCCGGAAAGACGGGUACGCUGCUGGGCGCCAUCUUCGGCACUGGCACAAACGGUGCAUACGUAGAGAAGCUCGACAAGGUCACCAAGCUCACAAAGAGCAAGGACUCGGGCGACUACGACAAAUCGACGGGCGAGAUGAUUGUCAAUACCGAGUGGGGUUCGUUCGACAACUCGCUACGCACCCUCCCUAACACUCCCUACGACAUCGAGCUCGAUGAGAAGUCUGUGAACCCCGGCAUACAAAUGUUCGAGAAGCGUGUGUCUGGCAUGUUCCUCGGGGAGAUCUUGCGUCUCGCUAUCAUCGGCCUCCUCAAGGAUCCCACCUUCCCGCUGUUCCGCGACGAGAACUCGGCGCAGAACGACAUCCACAGCACCACUCAGAUCUACGACAAUUCACCGAUAUACAAACAGUGGGGUAUUGAUACCAGUUUCCUCAGCAUUUGCGCUGGAGACACCAGCCCUGGCUACAGGAUGGUCAGGCAAACCCUGGAUAAGGACUACGGUAUCACCGCCGUGAGCGCCGAGGACGCAGAAGCCGUCAGGGCUAUUGCAGCAGCCAUUGGCCGUCGCGCAGCGCGCCUCGCAGCUGUUGCCAUUGCAGGCAUCGUUAUCAACACGGGCAGACUAGACGCUACCAAGGGCACAGCAACAACGGAGCAAAAGACAGGUAUAGACCCUCCGCGAGGCGACGCAGACCUUGCUGAAGAGGACGUCAUCGACGUUGGUGUCGACGGCUCGCUCGUAGAAUUUUACCCCAACUUUGAAGACCACAUCCGCGAAGCUUUGCGCGAGAUAGAAAGCAUUGGCGCGAAGGGCGAGAAGCGCAUCAGAAUUGGUAUCGCCAAAGAUGGAUCUGGUGUUGGCGCAGCGCUCAUCGCGCUCGUCGCUGGUAGGGUAGCUGUAGACACCGAGUAG